UUCCAAAGUAUCUCCUCCCUCAGUUCUCUCUGGUCUCUCACGCGUCCCUCAGCUUCACUCUGCGCCGCUCCGGCUCAGCCGGGAUUAGCGUCCACCGGAGCUCCGAUCACAAGAACAAAGCCCAUUUUGGAGCUGACAAAGUUAACAAAAUCAAAAACCCUUCUACUGUAUAGGGUUUUCUCUGCACUUUAUCUGUACACCGAGCUCAUCAAAGUCUUCGUCGCAAUGCCGCAAGGAGAUUACAUAGACCUUCACAGGAAGAGAAAUGGCUAUCGCCUUGACCACUUCGAGCGCAAGCGCAAGAAGGAGGCUCGUGAAGUCCACAAGCGCUCUGAAUAUGCCCAGAAGGCGCUGGGUAUUAAGGGCAAGAUGUUUGCGAAGAAGCGCUAUGCUGAAAAGGCCCAGAUGAAGAAGACACUGGCUAUGCAUGAGGAAUCGUCCACCAGGCGCAAGGUGGAUGAUGAUGUUCAUGAAGGAGCUGUUCCUGCCUAUUUGCUGGAUCGUGAAAACACAACGCGAGCAAAAGUUCUUAGCAAUACCAUUAAGCAAAAGAGGAAGGAGAAAGCUGGUAAAUGGGAAGUCCCUCUACCCAAGGUGAGGCCUGUGGCCGAAGAUGAAAUGUUCAAAGUGCUCAGAACUGGUAAAAGAAAGACCAAACAAUGGAAGAGGAUGGUCACAAAAGCCACAUUUGUGGGAGCUGGUUUUACAAGAAAACCUCCAAAGUAUGAGCGCUUCAUCCGUCCUAGUGGGCUGCGGUUCACCAAAGCUCAUGUGACACACCCUGAACUCAAAUGCACUUUCAAUCUUGAGAUUAUCGGAGUAAAGAAAAAUCCUAACGGUCAAAUGUAUACCUCUCUUGGCGUGAUGACAAAGGGAACCGUCAUUGAGGUAAAUGUUAGUGAAUUGGGUCUCGUUACACCGGCUGGGAAAGUUGUAUGGGGGAAAUACGCUCAGGUGACAAACGACCCUGAGAAUGAUGGUUGUAUAAAUGCUGUUCUGCUUGUCUAAGAGCAUGUUAUUUAUAAAACAAUGGUAUAUGUAGAGUUCUCAUUUCGUUGACGUAGCUCAAGAGCGGCUGUUUUACCUAUGAACACCAAAAUAGGAGCAAACUAUUUUAGCUUGAGCCUUCCUAUAA